AUGGGACAGCAAAUUUCGGAUCAGACACAGUUGGUUCUUAACAAGUUACCAGAAAAGGUAGCAAAACAUGUCACAUUGGUUCGAGAAAGUGGCUCCUUAACUUAUGAAGAAUUUCUUGGAAGAGUAGCAGAACUUAAUGAUGUAACUGCUAAAGUGGCUUCUGGCCAGGAAAAACAUCUUCUCUUUGAGGUACAACCUGGCUCUGAUUCCUCUGCCUUUUGGAAAGUGGUUGUACGAGUGGUCUGUACCAAGAUUAACAAAAGCAGUGGCAUUGUGGAAGCAUCACGGAUCAUGAAUUUGUACCAGUUUAUCCAGCUUUAUAAAGACAUCACAAGUCAAGCAGCAGGAGUAUUGGCACAGAGCUCUACUUCUGAAGACCCUGAUGAAAACUCAGCAUCUGUAACAUCUUGUCAGGCUAGUCUUUGGAUGGGAAGGGUAAAGCAGCUGACUGACGAGGAAGAGUGCUGUAUUUGUAUGGAUGGUCGAGCUGACCUCAUCCUGCCCUGUGCUCACAGCUUUUGUCAGAAGUGCAUUGACAAGUGGAGUGAUCGACACAGGAAUUGCCCUAUUUGUCGCCUACAGAUGACUGGAGCGAAUGAAUCUUGGGUGGUGUCAGAUGCACCCACUGAAGAUGAUAUGGCCAACUAUAUUCUUAACAUGGCUGAUGAGGCAGGCCAGCCCCACAGGCCGUGA